UUUUCCUCCUGCUGGAGAAAAAGGGAGAGAAAAAAAAAACACUGAAAGGAAACAGAGGAAGAAAGCAGAGCGGAAAAAAUAAAUAAAGGAGGAGGAGGAAAUAAAGUGAAAUAACAGGAGAUUUGCGGGAGCAAGAAAGACAUUGCGCAAGUGGAGAACCAGACUUGCCAUAUAUAUAUAUAUAUAUAUAAAUAUAUAUAUAUAUAUUUAUUUUUAAGAAGUCUCUGCUUUCGUGUGAAGAUCUUUUUGUUGUUUCCCCAUCUGCUGACUGAAAAAGGAGGUGAUCGCCAUGACAACAGAAAUGCAGGAGAUCGCCAUCACGGAGGAGAAGCCGUUACUGACGGGUCAGGCCGAUGCCAAGGAUGCUGAAGUGGCUGCUAGGAUACUCCUGGACCAAGGACAGGAGCACAGUAUCGAGACCCCCCACGGCGUCCUGCACGUGACCCUGCACGGCACGCGAACCACCCGCAGGCCUGCCAUCCUCACCUUCCACGAUGUUGGUCUGGACAGUAAGAGCUGCUUCUCCCCUCUGUUCAAGUUCGAGGAGAUGCAGGAGAUCGUGAAGAACUUCACCCUGAUUCAUGUUGACGCUCCGGGGCAGGAGGAGGGGGCUGCUGCCUACCCAACAGGUUACCAGUAUCCCUCCAUGGACACCAUAGCAGAGAUGAUCCCUUCUGUCCUGCAGUUUUUUAACUUCCGUACUGUAAUCGGAGUCGGUGUGGGAGUGGGAGCGUACGUCCUCUCCAAGUUCGCGCUCGCAAACCCAGAUUCAGUGGAAGGUCUGGUUCUGGUCAACAUCGACACUAACGCCAGAGGAUGGAUAGACUGGGCUGCUCAGAAGCUUAGCUCCGUGACGUCCUCCCUCACAGAGCAGAUCCUGUCCCACCUUUUCAGUCAGGAGGAGAUGUCAGCAAACACAGAUCUAGUGCAGUCUCACAGAGAGCGCAUCUCCAAAGCGUCUAAUCUGGUCAACAUAGAGCUCUUCUGGAAGACGUACAACAGCCGCAGAGACUUGAACAUUGAACGCAACAACUCCUUCAAGUGUCCAGUCAUGUUGGUGGUGGGCGAUCAGGCUCCGUAUGAGGAAGCUGCCGUGGAGUGCAACAGCAAAAUGGAUCCAACAACAACUUCAUUCCUAAAGAUGGCUGAUGCUGGUGGUCUCCCUCAGCUGACCCAGCCUGCUAAACUGACUGAAGCUUUCAAGUAUUUCAUCCAGGGGAUGGGCUACAUGGCUUCGUCCUGCAUGACCCGCCUGUCCCGCUCCCGCACCACCUCCCUCUCCUCCUCCUACUCCAUGGACGGGUCCCGGUCUCGCUCCCGCACCCUGUCCCAGGGCUCGCAGGGCGGCCAGAUGCCGCCAAGCCCCUCCCAAACGAUGGAGGUGUCCUGCUGAAGAAAGAAAAUAAAUACAAAAAAAAAAAAACGAUAGCGAGAGAGAGCGUGAGUGAGAGUGAGAAAGGAAGGGAAAGAUGAGGCGCGCCGAUAAUGUAGGAACAAGACGAAUGGGUUACUUAUUUGUCACUAAUCAACUCCCUUCAUUUCCCACAAGAGGCAGAGUAGGACUACAGACAGGGAGAGAGGGGGGAGAAAAAGAGGGAUUUGAAAAGGAAGAAACACAGCUUCGCACCAGACCUUCUCCUCACAUCACCUUUCCAGCUGUAAACAAAGUGGAUUGGGCUGUUCUAUAUUGAUUAUAAGAAGUAUAGACAAGAAGAGAUUUACAGGUGGGGGUAAGAACGGCCACCAGUCCUCCCUCCCUCCCUUUAUUGGAGCCUCUGUCAGCCAAUAGAGCCCUUUAAUUUAGACAAGGAGGCCUAUAGAGACCACACACACCUUGCAUUAACCAAUAGUAAUAACUCUGUAUUGUUGUCGAUGCUGAUGAUUACGUUGUUGAUGAUGAUAUUGAAGCUAAUGAUGAUGAUGAUGAUAAUGGAAUAGAAAAAAAAACAGUAACACAUUUCUCUUUAUUACACAAUGAGCUUAAAAAUACAUAGAUAAAAAAAUAAAAUAAUAAAAAAAAACAUACUAUAGCAGAGAUACGUAUUACAAUGUGUGUCUACUAUUUUUUAAACUAGUUUUAAUUUUGAUUUCUUUUAAUCAGAUUUUAUUUACUCAUCUGUAACCUGCCUCGGCAAACAGUUGAAGCUACUGAUUGGUUGGCCCGUCAUGUGGUAACAGCCAAUGAGAGCCGUCAUGGUGACUACUUCCUCCUUGAUGUUGCCAGGUUAUUUAAUGUCUUCCAUUUGCCCCGUCUAUAAGUUUUGUUUUCACAUUGGAUUUGAUAUUUGGAGGUGGUCGAGAAGCUUUUUUUUUUUUGUUUUUCUAUUUUUCUUUCUGGACUUGGAAGUUGCAUGCCUGGAAUCAGCCCAUAUGAAUAUCGACUGGAUAAUAGUUUUCUUUUAUAUUCUGCUAAUGAAUUGUGUGUGUGUGUGUGUGUGUAUGUGUGUGAAUAUGUGCUGUUUAGUUUCCUUGGCGUGUUUAGUGAACAUGGCGGUAAGCAUAUGAGUGGCUCGGGGUGUUAGCUUUAGCUAUCGUUAACACUCGUAGCACGCUAAAUAGUGCUUCCAAUAUUUCUUGCAGUCCAGCACUGAGUGUCCUAACAUUCACGCUCGCGUACUACUCAACGGAUAGCAUUACGUCUCUAACUAGCACGCUAGUAUGGAUGUUGCAUUUCAGUGUGUGGGCGUGGCCAGAAGGGAAUCACUGUGUUUAUCAUCUGGGUUGUAAUCUCUUAGCCUUGCCCGUGCAUGGAUACCUCCUAACAAACCCAGCUAGCAUACUUGAGUUUCUGUGCGUUGCGAGGUGAAAUGAACACGAGCUCCUCCUUCGCAUCAAGCGGCUUUAAUCAAGCAACGGGGGGGGGGGUCAAGAGAAUUGUGAUGUGAUGUGUGUGUGUCCGAGGAUGUAAAUGGGAGGCGUGUGGAAGUGUUUGUAUCCUGAAAGCACAAUUAAUGCAGCCAAGAGGGCCAGAGUCCUAUGGAAAAGUUUAGUAAUUUAGAUUUCAGACCAACAAAACCCCCUGUGGCUUAUCAAAAACAAUGUACCAGCCCCUCCACUGCCAAUAAACAAAAAAAAAAGAUAUUCAAAUUUUGUCUCCGGGGCUGCACCUUUUUUUUUUGCACUAGCCUUAGUCAAAAGAGACAAAAAUAUUUAUCCUAUUUUUUGUUAUGAGAGCAAUAUCUGGAAUUGCAGCCAAUAAGCAUUCUAACUGCCAAAACUUAGAGUCCCAACAUACGAGGGAAAAAUUGUGCCAUCAGAAAUGCUGUGAGCAUUUAUAGUUGAUCUAAAACUCAACUCAAAGCUGACCACUGCCCUACAAUACGUAACCAUUGGACUGACCGUGCUUUUAAAAGGACCCAAUCCUUGGAGCGUUUGUGCAUUUGUGUUGUGAUGCAGCGUUGCAUCAGAUUUGUUUUCUCUUUUUAAUAAGCAUUAUGAGUUUUAUGAGUCCGUUGGAGGUUGCUUGUUUCUUUCUCAGGCUGCACAGUGCUCCUUUCCAAACCUGGUUAAUGAAGUAGAGAUGGAUGAUGACGACAGUGGGCCUCAGAUUUGAUCUGGUACUUUGGAGAUAUUAAUGAUGGUAAUGAAAACGAUCAUUUAUUUUAAGUCACUUCUCCUGUGGUCCAUCACAUAAUGCAAUUCCUAGCCAGCCUUUGUGACGCUAAAAACUAUUGCAUUUAAUAAGGCAAACACAAAUUGCUGUUUAGAUUUAUGCUAUAGGCCGUAAACGCAGAAUGGGAACCAGGAUGCCGCCAUGUUUUAGGCACUUUUGUUGCUGUCCGGAGUGCUGAAUUGUAGAAUGUAAAUGCUCCUUCCAAACUUAAAUUAAUAUUUAACGAUCGGGCAUGGGAGCGUCUACCAAAUAAGGGACGAGUGGAACUGAGAAAAUGAAAUUGCCAAAUAAGGAAUAGGAUUGGUACUUAUUUGUGGAGAGUUGAACGGGGCUGUAUGAUUGUAAAUGAUUCUCCAUUUUGUCUCUUAAUUUUUACUUAGAUCAUAUUUUUCUUUCCCCUUUAUGUUUUGGGAUUAUCAAUUUUUUAUUUUUUUUUUAUCUCUGUGAAGUGUUAGUUUACCGUCCCAGAUGUGCUCACAAGUUAGUUAAUCGUGUGUGUGAUAGUUCUUGUGUAACUUUUUUAGCUUUAGAGCUGAUAAGGGAGAAUAAUAUAAUAAACAAUUAAAAAACGAUUAAAGGUAAAGAGAAUACAAUCAAUUUUACUUGUGUGGCUUAUUUCUCUGUGUAACACAUUGAACAUCCUAAAAAAA